GCAGAUGAUAGCGCAACCCUGCAGGAGGUGAAUGGCAUGGUUUGGAGCGCCACCUAUUGUAACUGGGUGUGGCCAGGAAAAACUGGGCCCGGGACUCUGUGUUUUGGGAACGGCAUAAGUCAACCUUGCACAGGUGAUUCCGGCGGUCCAAUGGUAUGUCAAAAAGAUGGCGACCAGUUUUACCUGGCAGGAGUGGUGGCGUCCGGAACAGCCAAGUGUAACCAGGCCGGCCUUCCCGCCCUCACCACCAAGGUGACACAUUACAUCGACUGGAUCAGGGCCACCAUGAAAGGCAUGUAACUCACAUGCUGGUUAUUAUCGCUCUUGGUGAUCUCAAUCUGAAUCAGCACUUCUGCCGGUUUUAAUAAUUUAUGACCCGUCUCUUCGAUGAUUGAAAUCGUCGAGGGGUUUUCUGUCAUUAGACAACAUAAAGACACUAUAUUAUUGUGGGUAAUGAAUAACUACCCUCUCCCAUUUAUUCUUGUAUUUCGACUUCAAAUGACAGUGCAAGCAAGAAUAUAUAGUUUAAACUUUCAAAUAUGCAUGUUAUCUUUACUAGGGGAUCAGGUCACUUUUAAAAUAUUCCGCGCGCUGCACCAAAAAAUACUGUCCAUUCUCUAACAACCCUCGCUCAGUAUCUCAUUCUUUCUGUGGUUAAUCCUACCCAGAC